GUUGACAGAUUCGAGAGAAGAAAGCAGAACAUUAGCGAAACAUGAGAUCGUUGCUGUUUGCAUUUGUUGUGUUUGUGGUUUGCAGUACGUUACAGUUGAAAUUUCCAUUUAACUCGUUUUUAUAUCUAUUCGAUUUUUGUGGAGUUGAAGCGUCGCCGAUAGCUCAAACUAAAUUAAAACUAAAAUGUUCCCAAGGUCAGGAAUAUUGGUGUCAAAGCAUAACAAUUGCGAAAUCGUGCAACGCCGUAGAACAUUGUAAUCAAAUGGUUUGGAAUGUACGGCAAACAAAGUUCGAUAAUGAUAAAAAGCAAUAUCCGGAAACCGAAUGUGGCGCCGAUUGUAACCCAUCGGAAGAUAUUGUGCUCACCAAACCCAUCGGUCACAUUGGAAUUAUUCAGUUGAUGCGUGAUAAUGAAUUCAUCCCACAAAUCGAUUCUAUUGAUACGGAAAUGGUAGACAUCCCAUGCGCGCUCUGUACAGAACUAUUCACCAAUGUGAAAAAAUCCAUAAACAAAACUAGUAAAGCUGAAUUCAAAAAUAUACUCAAAGGCCUGUGCAAAAAUGUGCAAGUGGGGAAGACGGAAUGUUUGGAUUGGUUCGAUAAGCAUUCCGAUGAAAUUUAUAAUAUUUUAAACAAAUUGGAACCAGAAAGUGCAUGUUUGCAAAUUGGACUCUGCCCGAAGAAAAUGCAACAAUCAAUUGACUCAGACGAAGAAAUUGCGAUCGGAUAUUGGAACGAAUAUCAAUCGGAAUUCGAUGACGAACUUUUUGAGAUCAAUGCAGUUCCAUUGAAUCAGGAUAACGAUUCAGAGAACGGACUAUCUUCGAUCGAGUGCUCACUGUGUGAAAAAGUGAUGGACAAAGUUCAAAAGGAAAUUGGACGAGAUAAAUCAAGAGAACAUAUUAAAGAUGCUUUAAGCCAUGCAUGCCAUAUUGUACACGAAAAAAAGUUUCGGAAGAAAUGCGAGAAAUUCAUCGAAAAGGAUGGUGAUAAAAUUAUUGACGCGAUUAUUAAGGGCGAAGCAUCGAAACUUAUCUGCAGCGCUAUCGGACUUUGCCUUGCCGAGAAACAAGAACAAAAUGAAAUUCAAAUGUCGCCUAUGGAGUGUCUUGAGUGCCAGCACAUAUUGAAAGGUGUUGAAGCAAAAGUGGGAAAUGACCGAUCAAAGGAACAUGUUGAGGCUGUUCUGCAGGAACAAUGUGGGUCAAUUACCAAUGACGAUUUGAAAAAGAAAUGUUUCGCUUUUGUUCAAGAUCAUAACGAUUAUAUUGUGAAUGCGCUCAUGAAUAAUCAGCCUCCGAAGCAAAUUUGCAAGAGCUUGAAAUUUUGCGCGUCAAGCCCCACCGAACAAAUCGUUAGUCAAAUGAUGAAAAAGUACUCCGACACACCACAAUGUGUUGUGUGUCAAAUGAUUGCUGUGAAUCUUGAUGAUUUGUUGAGGGAGAACAGUACAAUCGAACAGAUCGAUCAUGCCAUUCACACCGUCUGUAAAUAUGUGCCAAAGAAGUACUCUGCCAAAUGUGAGGAUUUCGUUGAAAACUAUGCCGAAUUGGCGAUAAGUUACCUCUUGUCUGCUUCACCGAAAGAACUAUGCUUGGGCUUGAACUUCUGCCGUGCCGAUGUAAAAAAAGACACAAGCCACCGUGAUAUUCUUGAAUGCGGUGUAUGUAGUGCCGUGGUCGAUGCACUAGCUACGGUUUAUUCGCAUGAUGGGUCCAAGGAAAUGGAUGUCGUUUCUGAAACAACAUGCAAUUUAAUUCCGUUGAAACACCAAAAAGAGUGCAUUGAACUUAUGGAUGUCUACGGAGUGAGUCUUUCAAUCCUUCUAAAUAGAUCCGAAAAACAGUCAGAAGUGUGUGAAAAAAUUGGAAAAUGCUUUGUGGACGGAGACGACAGAGUAUUCCAUGAAAUUAAAGAAGCUUUUUCUAAUACUGAAAAUGACGUGAACUCUGACCAGUUCAAUGGAGAGGAUGAAAUAAACCAAUCAAGUGAUCUCAACGAAGUGAGUGAUAUUUUCAAUUUUGACGAUUUGACAACAAAUAAUUCUGAUGAGGGCUCGAAGGCUAGCCGAUUGUUGGGUGCAAAAGGGUGUACACUUGGACCAAGCUAUUGGUGUUCGUCCAAGAAAACGAUGGAAGAGUGUAAUGCUCAUGUCUUCUGUAAGGAAUACGCAGUGCUGUUUCUCUUUUAAUUUGAUGGAGAAAUUCAAAUUACUCACCAAACGGAGGUUUCGUUUUUGAUAUUUACCAUAUUUUCCACUUUUUUAAAUGCGAAUUGAAGAAUUAUGCUAUUGAAACUAAAAAACCGUUGAGACAUAUUAAUGAAUAAAAAAUGAUUAAAAUACACACAAAA